GCCAGUGGCGAGCAUUAGCCAACGGUCUAGGAUAGAUGUGAUCACAACAGAUCGAUCACGGUGAUCGGCUGCCUAACAUGAUCGACAUGUCUGGGGUGUAUCGUGUGUUGUCUUUGCUGUGUUGGGAUGCAUGUUUGUUUUGUGUGUUGGUGUGAGGGCUGUCAACAGAGUUGUUAACUGUCCUGUGUUAGCUUCGUAAAUAACAAGAGAAACCUUCGUUGUUUACAAGGUUUCCCUGCCCUGGACGUUGUCUGGUUUUCCUAUUUUGAUUAUUCCCCAGCUUUCCCUUGAUUGUAACCCUGGUGGGUUGUGUUAUUAACUCCUUGUUAGAGGAUGCAGUCAUCCAAGCGCUGUGUGUUGUCGGGUAUCGUUUCUAUGUUAGUUUCGUUUUGUAGCCCCUUCGUGGUCGGCGACGUUCACAGAUCAGCUGUAAGGGAUCGGACUGUCAUUGACGUGUCAGGUGUUUGAAUCGGUCUAAACACUUCCCUUUGUGGUUCACUCCAUCGGUAACAGGGUAUUUUAUUUAUAAAGUACGUCCUUUAAAAGUUGCUCGUCGUUUGCUGCAUCAUCGCCUGCUGACAUCACCAGUCAGGUGCACCCUGUGACCCGCACCGGCGAGCCAAAGUCACUGUGGAGCAUCAUGUAUUAUUAACGCUUCUUGUGGUUCCUCAUGUGCAAUUCGAUGUCAACCGACUAACGGGAAACCAUUGAAUAUAAUGGUGCACAUGUGAUGUUUUUAGGAAGGCUCGUGCCUGCUUAGUGGACUUGCGUCCUUUAGAAUCAGUAGAUGUGACGUGACCGUGACGUAAUACGAUUGAGAUAUGAGGUGUCACGGUGUACCACAUUGUUGAACAGAUGCAUGUUAUACAUGUGUUGUAUAUGCUAUAUUACCACAUAGUUCAAUGUCAUUGGAUUUAUUUAACAUGAUUUAGAAUACGGGAUAAUUAUAGACAGGUAGACUGUUGAAUUUUGUGUUAUUACUAAUUAUGGUGCCAUAAUACAUUCGUAUUAAUAACGCUGUGCUAUAAAUAUCCCAUUUGCCUAUUUGAUGACCUCUUGUCAAAGAUAAAGCUGCCAUCUUGCCUUGCGCUAUAACCACAACAUUUGAUUAUAUACCUCAAGGCCUUAUCUAAUUAACAGUUGGUGCAGUAUGUUGAGUUUAAUUUAUAGUUCCAAGAUAAAACUAGGAACGGGUGGUGCGGUUACAUUUAUCCCAAUAAUUAUGGGGAAAACACCAUUCUUAACAAUAUAACUUAGAGUCAUUACAUUCAGGAAUAUGCACCUUAAAAAAAAUGAUAGAUCAGACUCAAACAAGUCUUCUUCGUCAUUGAUGUUUUAAACCUCACAUGCGUCAACAGGAUAUGACGAUAAGUCCUCAUCUUCAUUUCACGAUGACGACACAACACCGUUCAAAGAUGACAAUCUGCAAUACUGAAUCAUUGUCAAGCCCCCGAGCUAACUCUUCCCCUUCCCUCCCGUGCAUCGCAGCCCUGCCCUCUGCUGCCGCGCGGGCCUGUGCAGGCAUGGAGCCCCUGACAGUAGACGAUGACAUCUGCAUCCUCAAGCACGAGACGGCGUACGGCGUGGCCGGCGAGAGCCCCGUGUCGGUGUGCGCCGGCGACGAGUCGGUGGCGUCGCACUUCGCCCUGGUGACGGCCUACGAGGACAUCAAGAAGCGCCUGAGGGACACGGAGAGGGAGAACACGCUGCUGAGGAAGAGGGUGAAGCAGCUGGAGGAUAAGCUCUUCAGGCCGGACGCCCCCCCAACCGAAGGCCCCCAGUACGUGAACAAGGCCUUCAGUGCUUACCGAGGCAUCUACAUCGAGAAGGAGGACCUGCAGCUGGAGCUCAACAAAGUGAAAAAGGAGCGGAGUGAGAGCGAGCGGCAGCUGAACGAGCAGCUCCAGGCCAGAGAGAUGGAGCUGCUCCAGCUGAGGACAGAGAUGGAGACCAGCCAAGGUACAGUGAUGAAGAGCCUGACCAGCCCCCAGGACUACUGGCAGGUGGAGGGGGCCAACAGUGAGCUGCAGAUCCACAAGCUGCAGCUGGAGCUGGAGAGGGUGACGCUGGAGAACGGCAAGCUGCUGGAACGCUACGGGGAACCCCAUGGCCUCAACGGACCGGACUCUGAUCAGGACUCCGACGUGGCGUACAACAUAAGGGAGAGGGGCAUGCAGCAGAUGUACCAGGUGCUGUGCGGUGAGAUCUCCCGCCUCCACGCAGAACUCAAGCACCAAUCACGGCUGGUCAGGCAUCUCCGACCGCUGCUCAACGACAACCGAGAAGGUGCCUCCGCGCUCCCCAUCCAGUGCCUGGACGACGUGGAGAAGAACAACAACCACCACCGCCGCCGCCAGCACCCCCCCCUGCUGCGGGUGUCCGUGCCUCACCCCCCCACCACCGCCUCCUCCGGCUCCAGCACCACCCCGGCCCUCGGGGCCCCGUCGGGCCCCCCGUUGCUGGACGGACUACGCGAGGACUGCUGGUACAACGGGCCGUGGCCCGGACGUCCCAGCGCGGCCCCCCCCACCGCAGCCGCCGCCGGCACCAACACCGCCGGGGGCGCCGGCCCCGGCUGCGAGGCCCCCCCGGAGAGCGGGGACCCCAGCUCCGUGCUGCUGCCCCCCCCGCCCCUCAACCAGGCCUCCCUGGACGACAGCUCCCGCUCCUUCCCCAGCCCCCCCAAGCCCAGCGAUGCCCUGUUCUGGGAGGGGCACUCUGCCGCCUCCGCCGCCGCCUCCAGCUCCUCCUCCUCCUCCAUAGGGAGCUGCACCCCGCGGAGCCCCCCCAACGCCGAGUGGGCCAAGCCCUACUGAGCCCCCCCCCCCCCCCCCGAGGGACAGAUGGGUGGGGCGAAGGAGAGGACGAGCGAAC